CGAGCUGGCGACUUCGGGGAGCAAUCCGGGUGGUGCUUCCGGCAAGCAGCCCGCCGAGACGGCCGAAUGGAACAAUGAGGAAUUGGAUCAGAUAAGUUUUGAUGAUUCUGAUAGAUUUGAGGAGGAUUCCCUCUGUAGCUGGAGCUCAGAACCCGAAAGUCUGUGCAACAAUUGGCGCGGAUGGAAGAAACCAACGACUUCCAGCACCUUCGGGGGCGGAACAUUCAGGAAAUCAGCUGAAGUAUUUCCUGAUGUUUCAGAACAAGUGACAACGCUCACGGAAUUGGCGGCUCGAUGUGUUGCCUCUUAUAUUCCUUUUGAAUUGGUGGAGCAUGUCUUUCCGCCAGUUCCGGAGCAACUCCAGCUGCGAAUCGCCUUCUGGAGUUUCCCGGACAAUGAGGAGGACAUUCGUCUGUACUCAUGCUUGGCCAAUAGCUCAGCCGAGGAAUUCCAUCGCGGAGAGUCUCUGUUUAAGAAUCGUUCCGUGAAGGAUCCUCUGCAAAUUGGCUUUCAUUUGUCAGCAACGGUUGUCUGUGUUCAGCCACGGGCUCAAUUCAAUGUGGCCGUGACCUUUGACCGACGACGCAUCUCCUCAUGCAAUUGCACUUGCACCUCGGCAGCCUAUUGGUGUUCCCAUGUUGUGGCAGUUUGUCUCCAUCGAAUUCACUGCCCGAAUGAAGUGUGCCUACGAGCUCCGGUUUCUGAAUCCCUGACUCGCCUGCAGCGGGAUCAGCUUCAGAAAUUUGCCCAAUACCUCAUUAGUGAGCUGCCACAGCAGAUUUUGCCGACAGCACAGAGAUUACUCGAUGAAUUGCUCAGUUCGCAGCCAACGGCCAUCAAUACGGUCUGCGGAGCACCAGAUCCGACGGCUGGAGCCUCAGCUAAUGACCAGACUAAUUGGUAUCUCGAUGAGAAGACACUCCAUGAUAACAUCAAGAAGAUCCUCAUAAAGUUCUGUCUGCCAGCUCCAAUGGUCUUCAGCGAUGUCAACUAUUUGACUAGCUGCGCUCCUCCGGCUGCGUCUGAAUGGAGCUCCUUGUUGCGUCCUCUGCGUGGCAGGGAGCCCGAGGGCAUGUGGAAUCUUCUGUCGAUUGUCCGGGAGAUGUAUCGACGGUGUGAUAGGAAUGCCAUUCGGUUGCUGGAGAUCAUCACGGAGGAAUGUAUGGCAUGCGAUCAGAUUCUCGUUUGGUGGUUCAAUACCAAACUCUCCCUCCUGGCGGGCACUGGAGGGCACAGUGGAGGCAAGCACAGCAACACUCACAGCAAUUCCAACGCUUCGCAGCAUGCUUGCAGUUCUCUCUGCGAUGAAAUUGUGGUUCUGUGGAGACUGGCAGCACUGAAUCCGGGCCUGGCGCCAGAUGAGAGGGAUAUGCUGCAUGCUCAAUUUACAGCCUGGCACCUGAAGAUUCUGGACAGAGUGGCAAAGAAUCGCGUUGGGAAUUCGUCGCACAGUACGAAGCAACAACAGAAUUCUCGGCCCAAAUUCUACCGGACAGAUGCUGAAGUAUUCAUUGGAUUUAAGCCGGCCAUCGAGGCGUGCUACCUGGACUGGGAGGAUUAUCCAAUAGCUGGCAUAACGCAUACUCAGGACACAAAUCCCAUGUAUCAUUGUCCCUUCACGUGCUUCAAACACUCAGACUCGAAUAGUCAUGUUGGUGUUGUUUCUACUUACGUGAAUUCAAGUCAGGCCGUUCUGAUGAACAAUGUUAAGCAUUAUCAGCCAAUGACGGCUAUUCACAAUGCGACACUGAAGAAUCGACGGGAGAGGUCCUACAGGGAUCGCUGCUAUGUGUCCAGCAGCAACAAUAGCAAUAGCAGUUCAGACAGUGUCAAUGAACGUCUCAAUUCGCAUCAUUUGGACGAACUGGGGCAUCACCAUGUUCGUGAUGAUGGGAAUCGCUCAAGUGCCAGUAGUGAAGGAUUCUGCGAGAAUGAGAAUGACGAUGAGGGAAUGGACAGUGGAGGGAAUGCCGAGGGCGGCGGCGGCGGAGGGGGAGGAGUAGGGGGAGGAGUAGGUGCCAUUGGGGUGGAUGAAGUGGGAGGAGGGAGUGGUCAGAGGCAGGAAGAAGAGACCACGACAACGAAUAGGAUUGUAAGCAUCGAUACUCAGGUGGCUGCAUCACGUGAAUGUGAUUCGGCUGGGAAUUCGUGUACAUCGAGCAACGAUAGCUUGAGCAACACGGAAAAGUGUGGGCAGAGGGGAAUGGUGGGGGAGGAGGAGGAGGAAGAAGAAGAUGCAGGGGUUUGUGCUAAAGUGACACUUAUGGUGACAUCAUCGGAUGAUGAGCAUUUGCAGACAGUGGACAGUAGUACUAGUUGUAGUGUACAUUUAGAUAGUAGCCAUGUAAAUAGUUUCAAUGAUCAUGGUGAUGUGAAGCAAGAAACAUCAACGCAGACAGCAUCAGAAAGUGCCAAUGAUAGUUACAAGGACGCGCCUCAGCCAUCGACCUCGAAAGAGUGUCAGUCUGAGGAGGCAACAGCAGAUGCUGCAGCUUCCACGGUAACUCAAGUGGAAGCUGUAGAGACUAGUUUGAGACGUCCGUCGAAGGAGGAGAGUCUAUCGAGCUCGGAAUCUAUCGAUGAGUACAAUUACUACUAUGACUCGAAGGCAUCAGCCUCGGGAACAGUUCCCAUAGCAUCGGGCUGUCAUUCAGCCUGCGAUCCACCGACGUAUGAGAGCAAAUACAAGCCUCCUGAGCCGAAGAGUCAGAUCUUCUCGAAUCUGAAGCCAACGGAAGAUGCCUGGGAUAUUCUCUUUGCCCGGGCUGAGGGAUUACAUGCUCAUGGGCAUGGGAGGGAAGCUUGUAUUCUGGCAGUACGUUUGGCUGAGGAAUUGCUGGCCAAUCCGCCGAAUUUGAUGAUCGAACUGCCGCCGCCGCCCAAGAGGAAAGGCGGAAAAAAGCCCACCAUUCACCCGUUGUCGCAUCAGAUGAGUGUCCUGGCUUCUGGGACGCUGUCCAAGUGCGCUUUUCUCUGUACGGUUUUAGCGGAGAAUUCUGAACACUAUCACCUGGCAUUUCGUAUUUGUUUGUUUGGUCUGGAGAUGCCAAGGCCGCCGGCCAGUACGAAGCCGCUUGAGGUGAAGUUGGCCAAUCAAGAAGCGGAUUUGCUGGCUCUGCUGAAACGUAUUCCACUGGGGCAGUUGGAAUUGAGGGUGAUUCGGGAGAGGGCAGAGCAUCUCAGGGAUUGUACUCUGAAGUCUCGAGGAGAAGCUCUGUUGCCCAUCAUGUUGGCCAGUUUUAUCUUCGAUGCUCUGGUGAUGCCUUCGGUUUCGGGGAAGGAGAACAGGAAUAAGGUGAUGAGUAUGUCGUACAGGCUACCGACGGAUGAGAAUCUGGGUUUUGAGGCAGCUGUGGCUGCUCUUGGGCUGAAGGCUAAUGUCUCAGAAGCUGAACAUCCGUUGCUGUGCGAAGGUACAAGGCGUCAGAGGGGAGACCUAGCAUUGACGCUGCUGUACUACUACAAGGAUGAACCACGAAAGAUUGCCAAGAUUAUGGAGAAGCUGCUGGACAGGGAGAUUCAUGUCCUGAUGAAGACUCCUCUCCUGCCGGCCUACUACUCAAACAAUCCACCCAUCCGGACGGUGGGGCAGCAAUCGAGACGGGAUGAGCAGGAAACAGUUGCUCAAAUGAUGACAGAUCCUCUGCAGGAGUACGGUGGAAACAGUCGACCUCAGAGUAGCACAAGUGCCGAGUUAGAGGGUUGCAUGGGAGCUAUGAGUUUAUCAGGAGCUCCUCAGGGAGCUGCUGGUGGCAGUGGUGCAAUGGGUGCUCCGGGAGUUGGUCCAGCUGGAGCCAUUCAGGCGCAGAGUACGCGAAUGAAGGAUUCCAGGUACAAGGGAAAGCGACCGUAUCCAUCAAUUCCGAAUCAACCAUCCGAAGCCAGUGCCCAUUUCAUGUUCGAACUGGCCAAGAAUAUCCUCAUCAAGGCUGGCGGAACUAGUUCAACGUCUCUCUUCACUCAGGCUUCGACCAAUCAGAAUCACCAUGGACCCCAUCGUGCCCUGCACAUGUGCGCUUUCCAGUUGGGCCUCUAUGCCCUGGGACUGCAUAAUUUCGUGUCGCCGAAUUGGCUUUCGCGAACGUAUUCAUCGCAUGUGUGCUGGAUCAUUGGGCAGGCCAUGGAGAUUGGGGCUCCGGCCAUUAGUUUUCUCAUAGACACGUGGGAGGGACAUCUGACGCCUCCGGAGGCAGCUGGAAUGGCCGAUAGGGCAUCCCGGGGUUGGGAUAACAACAUGAUCUACCCGGCAGCUGAAUUAGCUCUCUCAGUGCUCCCGCAUGCUGCUGCCCUCAAUCCCAACGAGAUCCAACGGGCCAUUCUGCAGUGCAAGGAGCAGAGUGAUCAGAUGCUGGAGAGAGCCUGCGUGACUGUGGAGAAUGCAGCUAAAAGUGGUGGGGUGUAUCCGGAAGUGCUGUUCCAAGUGGCGAGAUACUGGUACGAGCUGUACAUUCGGAAUACGCCGGGUGGAGAGAUGGAGCAUGAAGUUGGCAAUGAUAUCCAUUUGGAUCACAAUGUGGUGAAUUUGGGUCCGUUGAUGGAGUCACAGGAGAUUCCACCACCACCUCAGCCGGCUCCUCCGCCUCCGCCGCAGCAGCCGCCGCCGCAGCCGCCGCCUCCGGGGCAGGGCGUUGUAGUGGCUACGACAACUCCGCCUCAGCCGUAUCAGCAAGCCGUGACGACACUGGCGCCCAUUGGGAUCUCACACUACGGACCGUACAGUUUUCCGUGUCAGGGAAUCUACUCGCACCAUCACAAUAUUCCCUUCCCGCACAACCAGAUGCAGAUGUACAUAUCGACGCCGCCGCAGUUCCCCUACCCGCCGCCUCAUGGGCCCAACCAGCAGCCGGGGCCGUACGUGCAGCCGCCGCCUUUCCAGCAGAUGGGCCAUCCGGCCGCUGUUGGACCACAAGGUUACACGCCCAUGCAGUGCCCCAAUCAGCAGCAGUACUCGGGCGUCCAGGUGCCUGUUCAGAUGCCUGUUCCUCCGCCUAACAAUGGGCAAAUGCAGCAGAAUAUGCAGUAUUUCAGUCAGCCCGUGGCUCUAGCACCACCUCCACCGCCUCCCAAUAUGAGCAACAUGAAUACAAUGGGCAGGAAUCAGCAUCAGCCUCAUGCGUCGCAUCAUAGCGUCAUGUAUCCGUUUGUGCCGAAUCCGCCGGUUCGUCAGAGGCAUCCGCAUCAAUUCAGUCAAAUCCAGCUGAGAUACUUGCUGGCGGCGUACAAUGUGGGAAUGCUGGCGAUGGAGACUCUGGCGAGGAGAGUCCACGAUGAUCGUCCGCAGGCCAAGUAUGCCCGGGAUCCACCCUAUGGGGAGGAUGUGAAAUGGUUGCUGAGAAUUUCUAAGAAAUUGGGCACUCAAUAUCUCCAUCAAUUCUGUGUCUGUGCCGUUAAUUCCAUCGUGAGUCCAUUUGUGCUGCACGAUGUGGCCAUGGAGUCGGCACAUUACUUGGCACGCAACAAUCCUGCUCUUGUACUCCAGCAUCUUCGGUCAGCUCUCACGCCACUUGUGCAGAAGUGCCAGCAAAUGUACAUUCAGUGCAUUCAUCAGAAACUUUAUCACCUCACAACGGCAGACUAUGAAGAGUUCUCGAGUAUUAUUCUAGCAGCUAGAGCAGCUUUUCAGAUUACUCCAGAAGGGAAUGCACAAUUCAAAGAUUGGCUGCAGUCCAUUAGACGAUCAAAAUCCUGCAAGAAGGAUUUGUGGACACAGAUCAAUGCUGCUCUGCAGAACAAUUCCAAAUGACAAAGACUCGACUCGGUCAGCUCUGAAGGGGUUGUUCCAGCUCUUUCGGCACCGUGCAGCACUCAGUCGCGUCCGUACAUCCAGGGCAAACGACCCUAUUGAGGACUCAAUACUGUAACCAACAUUUAUCCGAUGCAAAUGGCAGAGACAUGAUCAAAGUCUCCAACAUCUUUUUUUCUUUUUAAUUUGUUGAAAAUUUAAUUUUUGACCAUUUUCAUCACAUGUUUUUACAUCUCUUUUAGCAAACUCUUUUGAGAAAAUCCCGAGGACUUUUUCCUCAAAAAAAAAAAACUUCUUUUAAAAGGCUAAGAGAAAAUUAUUUAAAUUUAUGUUGCGUGAUUUUUUUUAGAAUUACCGAAGAGGUAAAUGAUAUAUAUUUAAAUAAAAUUAUAUCGGGGAA